AUGGUGUUUCUAAGGUUCAUCAUUACCCUUGUAACUUUCUUCAUUUUGCUACAUGUAACACACGGAGCUUUGAGCAAAGUACUGGCUUCUGAUGAAAUUGGGCGACCGAUACCAAGAAGAAGCCCCGUAAAUGUUGAAAAGGAAAUUUAUGAUGGCGUUCCUGCCGCCAUGGAUGAAGUUGAAGGUACAAGAAUUAUUGGGGGCAGGAAAAUGAGCAUGCCUGAAAGGAUUUCGGGAAUGAUAAAUGAGGAAGGGUUCAAUAAUAUUGGUAGAGAACGUAGGUUCAUCAGAAGCACAAGUAAUCGUCGUCGUCGAAUGAAGUUCAAAAUCGAAGGUUUUAUACCUCUCAAUGCCGAUUAUCAUGUCCCGAAACCUCAUCCACCUAAGAAUAACUAG